GAUCGACAUGUUGAAUGGGGAACCUGUUGGCUUGGAUGGAAUCAAGGAUGAAACAUUUAAAGACCUUCUGUCGUGGAUGUUAAAACUACAACCAGAAGAAAGACCAUCUGCCAACGAAGCCUUGAAACAUCCAUUUCUUAUGUCGGAUGACGAGAAAUUUCACUUUUUAUGUAAAAAUGGUGACUUACAUUCGAUUAAAACAAAUGAUCCCCAAUCUAGUUUCGUCCAACAAUUUAGUAUUGAAACUUCAAAUUGGAAAAGUCAAAUGGAUAACGAUGUUUAUGAAUAUUUGGUAAAUGGAAGAGAGUAUAAAUCUUCAUGGGCAGAAUGUUUAAGAUUCAUUGGAAAUAUUGAUCAGCAUUGGAACGAUCUACCACGACCUCUACCACAACCAGAACCAUUUUAUAAGAUUGGCGAUUACAAGGCGUAUUUCCUCCGAACAUUUCCGAAUCUCCUUGUUCGGUUACAUGCAGCUGUCAGGUCAAAUGAAGAAUGGAAAGAAAAUCCAGAACUUAAAGAAAUCACAAGUGGUGAUAAUACUAAUGCCGAAGAUGUCGUAAAUUCUCCAGGUGUUGAAGAUACAAAACAAGAACUCACAAGUGGUGAUGAUACUAAUGCUAAAGAUGUCGGAACUUCUCCUUGUGUUGAAAAUACAAAACAAGAAAUCACAAGUGGUGAUGAUGUUAAUGCCGAAGAUGUCGUAAAUUCUCCUGGUGUUCAAAAUACAAAUCAAGAAAUCACAAGUGGUGAUGAUGUUAAUGCCGAAGAUGUCGUAAAUUCUCCUGGUGUUCAAAAUACAAAUCAAGAAAUCACAAGUGGUGAUGAUGCUAAUGCUAAAGAUGUCGGAAGUUCUUCUGGUGUUGAAAAUACAAAACAAGAAUGGCAGCUGCAAGAGUGGGAAUAUCUUGGUCCUUCAGUUCAGCAUGGAAGUCUGUUGUCAAAAUUGUGUUAUCCCAGAGCAGACAUUAAACAUGUGGGCAAUAUACGUGUAAUUUUUUCAGACGAGUUUUGCAUUGGCAAAGGAAGUGAUGUAACCCGUGUUUUUCUUGGACUGGGUAAGGAUGGUUACGGUAAAGCAGUAAAACGAAUACAUCGAGAUAGCUACAUCCAGCUUGCACUGCACGAAAAGAAAAUUUUAAAUGAAUUCAAUGCAAGAAAGUCGAAAUACGUUGUGAAUUAUUACUUCUUUGAGGAAGAUACCGGAUCAGAAUAUGUUUAUUUGAUCUUAGACUUAUGUGAAGAAUCACUGGACAAGUUUGUGAAGAAUUCUACUGUACAUGUUCUUCAAAAAACUCUUCCCCAAAUUCUUAGACAAAUUUUGAAUGGAUUAGCUGAUCUUCAUAGUGGCCCAGAUCCUAUUCUACAUCGGGAUUUGAAGCCUUCCAAUGUUCUGCGAGACUCAAAAAGCAAAUUUCUGAUAGCUGACUUUGGAAUAAGUCGAAUAAUGAAGAAUGACGCGACAACAUAUAAAAGCAAUUCUUCCAUGGGAACUUUGCAUUGGACAGCUCCUGAAUCCUAUUGCGAAGAUGAUGAUUCAGUAAAUAAAGCGCGUUACAAAAGAGAGUCUGAUGUAUAUAAUGCAGGAAUGGUGGCAUAUUAUGUUGCAACAAAAGGGAAACAUCCUUUUGGAACUAAACGGCUUAGACUGGACAACAUGUUGAAUGGAAACCCUGUUGGUUUGGAUGAAAUCAAUGAUGAAACAUUAAAAGAUCUUCUAUCGUGGAUGUUAAAACUACAACCAGAAGAAAGACCAUCUGCCAACGAAGCCUUGACACAUCCAUUUCUUAUGUCAGAUGACGAGAAAUUUCACUUUUUAUGUAAAGUUGGUGACUUACAGUCGAUUAAAACAAAUGAUCCCCAAUCUAGUAUCGUCCAACAAUUGAAUAUUGAAUCUUCAAAUUGGAAAAGUCAAAUGGAUAACGAUGUUUAUGAAUAUUUGGUAAAUGGAAGAGAGUAUAAAUCUUCAUGGACAGAAUGUUUAAGACUCAUUCGAAAUAUUGACCAGCAUUGGAACGAUCCACCACGACCUCUGCCACAACCAGAACCAUUUUAUAAGAUUGGCGAUUACAAGGCGUAUUUUAUUAAAACAUUCCCCAGUCUUCUUGUUCGGUUACAUGCAGCUGUCAGGUCAAAUGAAGACUUGAAAAACAAACCAAAACUUAAGGAACAGUGGAAAUACAUUGAUGAAUCAACGAAACAUAGAGAAUUGCUUUUAAAGUUGAUUGAAUAUGGACGCAAUCCCAGUUGAGGUUAAAGUGGUGGGCAAUGUGCGUGUAAUAUUCUCAGAAGAAUUUUGCAUUGGCGAAGGAAGUGAUGCAACCCGUGUUUAUCUUGGACUGGGUAAGGAUGGUUACGGUAAAGCAGUGAAACGAAUACAUCGAUAUAAAUUUGUCCAGCUUGCACAUCAUAAAAAGAAAAUUUUAAAUAAAUUCAAUGCAAAGAAGUCGAAAUAUGUGGUGAAUUAUUUCUACUUAGAAGAAGAUACUGGAACAGAAUAUGUUUAUUUGAUAUUAGACUUAUGUGAAGAAUCAUUGGAGAGUUUUGUCAAGUCUUCUACUUUGAAUGAUCUUCAAAAAGCUCUUCCUGAUAUUCUUAGACAAAUUUUAAAAGGAUUAGCUGAUCUCCAUAGGUGCCCAAAUCCUAUUCUACAUCGGGAUUUGAGGCCUUCCAAUGUUCUGCGAGACUCAAAAA